AUGUACAACAACCCGGAGUUGUACCCCGAGUUCCAGGAAGCGGUGAAGGCACUGCCAUUCAUCAGUGCCGAACAUGUCUUUCCAAUGCACCCCAAGGAAUUAUGCCCGAAAAUAUGCCCGGAAUUGGGACGAGCAAAGCACAUAGAUGAGAUUCCAGACACUAUCCUUCAGAUAAAUGAUAACCCACUGGGUCUUCCCAAUUCCAUGUUCACAUUCCUGCGCUCGCAAAGGCCUCGGCGAGAAGUGGAUGAGUCAUCCAUCAGGAAUGGGGAGUCAUCUUGGCUUGUAAUACGUCACACGAUAUAUCAAUACAUUUUCAAGGGUGUAGGAUUCAAAUCGAGUUAUCAGAGCAAGGUGAUCCCCAGCUCAAAGGCUAGAACACCUGACCACGCAAGGUUGGACAUUGGUUUCAGGAGCAGACGCUCCUCUGUGCCAGAUAGCCCAUUGUCCAAAGUGUGUAGGUGGCCUGACCACAUAAAGUUGAACAUUGGCUUCAGGAGCAGAUGCUCCUCUGUGCCAGAUAGCCCAAUGUCCAAAGUGUGUCAGCAGCCUGACCAUGCAAACUUGAACAUUGGCUUCAGGAGCAGACACUCCUCUGUGCCAGAUGGCCCAAUGUCCAAAGUGUGUUGGCAGCCUAACUACGCAAACUUGAACAUUGGCUUCAGGAGCAGACGCUCCUCUGUGCCAGAUGGCCCAAUGUCCAACGCGUCUAUAUACCAAUACGGCUCAGAACUGCAGCCCCUUUCUGAGAAACUCAGCAUUUUUCUAAACAUGUCUCGUAUCAAUCAUACCGCCUGCAUGGGGUUGCUACCAGUGAAAGGUAGAAAGGCUCUGACACAAGUUGACGUCUGGUUCGAUUCACGACUCACCCAAUCAGGUGUCGCUCCACGUCGUCUGACGAGGAUCAGAACUCAGUUACUCCGUGCCGUAAACAAAGCAAAAGCAAUGCUUCGCACCCCAACAAGGUUCGAUCAACAGAUGCUGCUUAAGCAUAGUGUCCCUAUUUGGCCGAUGCAGUUAUGGCGCUAUACUGAAAUGCCACAACUGGUACCUGUAGUAUGCGAUUAUAACGUGCAGAUGAUGCAAGUCGACCCAUCUAGCAUCAACAGGCGCAAGGUGCGUGGGGAUUGGGAAGAGUGUAUUCACCUGUCGGGGGCUACAUAUCAUUACAAUGGCAAAAUGGAAACACGUCGAAUAUUUUCCAAGCAAGGUUUCAAUGAGUCUCCUGGAAGUAAGAGAAUUACGGCUUCAAUUGAACUGGUAUCGCAUAGAUCUACAUUUCAAGUCGAUGACCAAAGGAUAGAGGAGCUUGCAGGACCUGAUGGGGCGAUGAGGGAACCGAGUAUCGCAAUCUGUGUCAAUAAAGGGCAUCACCAAUACUUGAACCACUAUGGCCAGCCCGAAGCUUGCUUAAUGCGAACGCAUUCACUGGGCAAGAGACGUAGGGAUCUAGAACAUUCUCCCCUCAUGACUGGUAUUGCAGUCACAAUGUUUUGGAUUCCAAUAAUGGUGCUCAAACGCCUCAGAAGCAUUUACAUUGAUGGCCUCGUAAAUGGGGUAGACAUAAAGGGAUUCACGGAUGACUUCAGCGUUCAGGCUAAAGCUCAAACCACCGUGGCAAGUGUCAUUCUGGCAGUCAAUGCCUCCAUUCUCGCCAUCCCGGGUCUAGGCACACAAAUUGCCACAAAGACGUUAUGCUCCAUCUCCUUCGUGUACUACCUGCAAGGGAAGAUGGACUGCCACAGUUUGGCAUUUUCCAUCCUUGGGUUUCUCGCUGGUAUCUUUACAGUUGAUUUUGGGCUACCCUUGUCCGCAAAGAUAGGCUGCGGGCUGGCCCUCAUUGCGGGAGGGGGCCUUAUACUUCCAUUGAUGAUGGCCAGUUUUGAUCCAGAUAUCUGGUCUCGUUGUCAGGACAGUACUAAAACCUGGCCAGUGGUAGCAUUCAUCCACAAGCUGUUGCACGAUCACCAUUGCUGUCAGGGUUGCCCAGAUACACCCCCCCUUCAGCUCAUGCGCAACUCAGGUGUCAAGCUCCAGACUGAAUUAAAGGUUCUAUCCUUUUUGCUCAAAGAUCGUGUCUAUCCCGGUGAUCUUUGGAAAAUCAUUGGGGAGCACACUAUCGAAGUAAAGCAGGAGGUGAUGUUAAUUCAACACCAGAGCACCUGCAUUGGUGGAUCAAAGGGGAAAAGGCAUGUAAUGAUAGAGCAUCUUCUCAUGGAGGAGAGGAAGAAACGGGGCCAGAUGGAGGUGUCUCUGUAUAGCCAGGCCAUUGAACACUUGCAGCAACACCGGCUGCAUAAGCUUGUCAACUUUGGCACAUAA